AUGAAUAAUGAAAUAAGUAGUCUGGAAGAUAUAAGAAUCAUUAGAAAUGAUAACUCGGAAGAGAACAGAGAUAAUCCUCAUAAAGAUACUUUAGAAAUGAAAAUAUCUACAUGGAUGAUGCUCUAUGCAAAUUUAGAGACUUCAGAAUAUAGAGCAAAAAUGAGAGACGUUUGCAUUAGCAUCGCGGAAGCUUUGCGCAAAGAAAACAUUAUAGUCGCGGAUCAUGGUUCCUUUAGCUCUAAAUUUGCUUCAUCUUCUCCUUAUCAUUAUUUUUUAACCCUGAUUAACGUUUUGCAAGAUACGCACAGUCAGAUAUUUUCCGUAUCUUUUCACGAAAUAAUAGAUUAUACAUUGGGAGAAAUAGUGGAUAGCUUACAUCUAUGCAACGAUGUAGAACUGUCAUGGAUCGUCACCGAGUACAUGCUUGCUGCUCAAGAUCCAAAAAUGACAAUAAUUUGUGAUGCAUGCGUCGAUUUUCAAAUAGAAUAUGAACUUCCGUUUGAUAUCAUUCUUACGGUUAUGGAGGGAUCCUCCUAUCGAUUCCACAAUUCAAAAGUAUCAAUUCUUAAGUAUUAUAACGAUAAAAUAAGAAUUAUCGUCUCUAAUGCCGAUAUGAGGCACAUUCAAUGGAAAUCUCAAACACAAGGAAUUUGGGUAUCACCUUUAUUACCGCUUCUCCCAGACAUUACAGACCCCAGUGAUGGGGAAUCGAUUACAAAUUUUAAGAACGAUUUCAUAGAUUAUUUAAGCCAAUACGAGCAGCCCGAAGUAUUUGGAUGGAUAGCUCUAGUUCAAAGAGCCGAUUGCUCUGCUAUAAAUGUUGCUUUUAUAGCCUCUGUUCCCGGAUAUCACGAUAAUUUAUCUUUGAAUAAAUGGGGCUAUAAUAAAUUGGAAACGGUAUUAGCGAAUCAUGUUACUACCUCGCCUAACUCCCAAAAUUGGCCAAUUAUCGCUCAUUCUUCGUGCCUAGGAGUUUAUGGCAACAAUUAUGAUUAUUGGUUAGCAAAUAUCGUUAAAGCUAUGUCUAACGAAAAGAAUUCAUCGGAUAUUAAACCGGAUAUUAAAAUUAUUUAUCCAUCACAAAAGAAUGUUAAUGAGAGCAUCUACGACAAGUCAAAUACAAAGCUAUUUCAUUGCAAAGAUACAUAUUUACAAGAACUCUGGAUGAGCGAUUAUAUGUAUCAGUGGAAAUCGGAAAAGACAUGUAGAUCGCUUGCCAUGCCUCAAUUAAGAUGUUAUACUAGAAUUUCACCCGAUGAAACUGAAAUAUCUUGGUUUCUCUUAACGAGUUGCAAUCUGACUAAAAGUAGUUGGGGUAAAUUGCUAGACAACGAAAGAGGUUUAAAGAUAAGUAAUUACGAAGCAGGGGUUUUGUUUCUCCCCAAAAUAGUAAUCAAACAAACAAGUUUUCCAAUAAAAGAAACUAACUCUUUGGAAAUACCAGUAUUUUUGCUACCUUAUGAUGUACCGUUGACUAAGUAUGAACCAGAUGACAAUCCUUUCUUUACAAGUGACCCAAAUUUUGUAGUUAGUACUGAAUCGAUCAGAAAACGGAUUAAUACUGAAUCCAAUGACAUUAAAGACUUUUUUACACAAUUUCUUUCUAAAUAAUUUUAUAUUUAAUACUCUAUAAAUGAAUCGUAAUUAG